AUGCAGUUCUCCACCAUCGUCACCAUCCUCUUCGUCGGCGCUGCCGCCGCUUUGCCUCAAGCAACCCCCACCAGCGUCGCCAAUACCACCACCAGCGCGGUCCCUACUGCCACGGCGACUUGCAGCCCCGGCCCCGUGGUCGAGUACACGGUCCAGCCCGACGACAACCUGACUAUCGUGUCGCAGAAGCUCAACUCUGGCAUCUGCAACAUCGCCACGCUCAACAACCUGUCCAACCCCAACUACAUUGUCCAGGGCAGCGUGCUCGAGGUCCCGACCUACCCCUGCACCAUCGACAACAUCUCCUGCCUGGCCAAGCCCGGCCAAAACAACUCCUGCGCCACCGACGUUGCCUCCACCUACACCAUUGUCUCGGGCGACACCUUCUUCCUGGUUGCGCAAAGUUUCAACCUGAGCGUAGAUGCGCUCCAGGCCGCCAACCAGGGCGUCGACCCUCUCCUGCUCCAGGUCGACCAGGUCAUCAACAUCCCGAUCUGCACGAACUAA